AUGGCUACUCAAGAAUCUGCAAAUUUAAAGGCGAUGAAAAAGCAACGAUCCAACAUUAAGGCUCAAGUAACUCGUAUUGUAACCUUUAUAAACGAAAGGGUAGAUUUCGAUAUUGAAGAAUUAGAUGCGCGUAAAACAAGAUUAAUAGAAUUACGUGAUUUAUUUGAUAAGGUACAAAGUAUUAUUGAAAUGGAGGAUGAUGUUUCUGAUCAUGUUCCUACCAGAGAUCAAUUUGAAAGUCAGUUCUUUUCCACAAUAGCUUGGUUGAAUAAAAAUAUAAAAUUAUUAGGUGCACAGAGUAGACCUGCUUCUACAAGUACUUUAAAUGAAUUUAAUCUGCCAUCAUUGGUUCAUAAUAAUGUUGACUUACCGGCAGUUCAGAAAUUUCAUUUACUAAAGAAUUCCUUACGCGGGGAAAUAUCAUAUUUAAUUUCUGCACUUAAUGCAUCUGAAGCUAAUUACAAUGUAGCAUGGGAAUUAUUGCAGAAGAAAUGCAAUAGACCUCGACAAAUUAUCAAUUCACAUCUAAAAGCAUUGUUUGAAUUGCCUGAAAUUAAUCGUGAAUCUGCUGUAAAUUUACGUACGUUAUCUGAACAAGCACAGAUGCACGUCAAUACUCUUAAAACUGCUAAGCAACCUGUAGAUAAUUGGGAUGCUAUUUUGGUUUAUUUAAUAGCUAAAAAAUUGGAUAAAAUUACGAAGCGAGCUUGGGAACGUACCCUCGAAAAUGAAGAAAUGCCCACAUUCGGGCAAUUGAUUAAUUUUAUUAAUAAACAAGCACGAGGUGAUGAACCGGAAACGGAAAAUUUUGCAACAUCUCAUAAAUUCCAAAAUCAUCGUAGUAGCAAUAAAUAUAAUAAGGGAAUACAGAAUUAUGCUACUUCAAUUAAUAAGGGUACAUGUUAUCUUUGCAAAGAGGGUCAUAAAUUAUAUAAAUGUCCAAAAUUUUUAAAAUUAACAGUACGCGAACGAUUUGAUGAAGUUCGUAAAAUCAAGUUAUGCUUUAAAUGUCUUAAGGGAAACUACAAUAAUUCUAAUUGUUCGUUUAAAAAUUGUUUCAAAUGUGGUCGUCCACAUAAUUUGUUAUUACAUUUUUCAACCCCAAUGGUUGUUUCUAAGACAGAGGAGAAUUCUCCCAGCACGUCCUCCGGUUGUGUGAGUGACAAAACAGUCAUGACGAUCACAAAUGAUUCGGAAGUAUUAUUAGGUACUGCUCUUAUUAAGGUUUAUGAGAAGUAUAAUAACGAACACGUUUGUAGAAUAUUGCUAGAUAGUGCCUCUCAAGCGCAUUUUAUUACAAAUAAACUAGCUAAGCGUUUAAAUUUGAAGAAUGAAAAUAUUGAUUGGAGUUUAUCAGGUAUUAAUAAAAUAAAAACUAAAGCAAAUGUUUUAGUAGAAGCUAAAAUUAGCUCACUUUCUGGAGAUUAUAAUAACAAGAUAAAAUGUGUAGCUGUUGAUAUUAUUAGCGGAUUAUUGCCUGCAAAUUUCGUUAAAAGGGAAAAUUUAAAAAUUCCAAAGAAUAUUCAAUUGGCUGAUCCUCAUUUUUGUAAACCAGCCGAAGUAGAUAUGCUUUUAGGAAAUAGCAUUUUCUAUAAAUUAUUAACUAACGGUCAGAUUAGGUUAAAUGACGAUAAGGUAAUUUUACAAGCUACAAAAUUAGGAUGGAUUGUAACAGGGGACGUAGACUGGAAAAGGGAGUCACAGACUAAGCAAAGAUCAUGUUUUUUAACACUGUCUCUUGAUCAGCAGUUAAAUAAAUUCUGGGAAGUGGAAGAAGUUUCAAAUGUAGCCUCAUUGUCGUUGAAAGAACGUAAUUGUGAAGAUCAUUUUAUUAAAAAUACAUCACGUGAUAGCUCAGGACGCUAUACAGUUAGGCUUCCAUUUAACGAAACUAUAUACAUGUUAGGCGAAUCGCGAACUAUGGCGAUGAAUCGUUUUUUAGCUUUAGAAAGAAAACUUCAUAAGAAUCCAAGCUCAUUAAAGCAAUAUUCUGAAUUUUUAGAGGAAUAUGAAUCAUUAGGUCAUAUGAGUAAAAUCGUGAGCGAUGAUAUUAGCAAGGGCUAUUAUUUACCACACCAUGCAAUAUUCAAAGAAUCCAGUAUCACAACCAAGAUAAGAGUGGUAUUUGAUGCAUCGGCUAAGAGUUCGACUGGUGUAUGUUUAAAUGAUAUUUUACUAGUUGGUCCAACCAUACAAGAUACUUUAUUCUCGAUUCUGUUGAGAUUUCGUACUCACGCUUUUGUCUUAACUGCUGACAUCGAAAAGGUGUUCAGGCAAAUUCAAGUCCAUCCAGAAGAUAGAAAAUUUCAAAAAAUAUUGUGGCGUACUUCUCCUGAUCAACCUAUUGCGACAUACAAAUUAAAUACUGUAACGUAUGGUACCGCGUCUGCACCUUUUAUAGCAGUACGUUGUUUGAAACAAUUAGCGAAUGAUGAAUCCGAUAAAUUUCCAAUUGCAGCAAAAAUAUUUCAAAGGGACUUUUAUGUUGAUGAUAUUCUUACAGAGGCAUCCGAUCUGAAAUCUUCAUUGAUUUUGAGAAAUGAAUUAAUCGGAUUGUCUAAAUUAGGAGGAUUUAAUUUACGACAAUGGUCCUCGAAUGAUAAUAGAUUGCUUAAUGACUUAACUAUUGAAUCGAAUGAUAAGUCUAUUCGUUUAGAUUCGGAGGAUAACAGAAAAAUGUUAGGCAUUUAUUGGAGUCCGUCUUCGGAUAAUAUUUGUUAUGUUAUCAAAUCAUUUGAGGAACAUACAGUUAUUACCAAGCGCAAGGCUAACAUAGGGUGGGAUGAGACAGUUCCCCAAGAAUUACUUUCUAUAUGGUUAUCAUAUAAAACCGAACUUCAUUUAUUAAGUAAAUUUAAUAUGAAUCGCUAUUUACAUAUUGAUAAUGCAAUAGACUUCCAAUUACACGGAUUUUCGGAUGCAAGCGAGUCUGCUUAUGGAGCUUGUGUUUUUAUUAGAUCAAGUAAUCGAGAAGGAAAACAUAAGGUAGCAUUACUUUGUGCAAAAUCACGUGUAGCUCCAGUCAAGACAAUUUCGCUUCCACGAUUGGAGUUAUGUGCUGCGAGACUUCUAGCCAACCUGUAUAUUCAGGUAAAGGGUUCCUUAACCAAUGUUCAUUUUAGCAAAGUUAGAUUUUGGUCCGAUUCAACCAUUGUUUUACAUUGGUUGAAAACUCCUCCUCACAAGUUGAAGGUUUUUGUAGCCAAUCGAGUAAACAAAAUUCAGACUUUAACAGAUACGAAUACUUGGUUUCACGUUUCGUCUGCAGAUAACCCUGCUGACGCUAUAUCGCGGGGACAAUCUCCGAGUCAGUUUUUAGAAAAUUCUCUGUGGCUGAAUGGUCUUUAUUGGCUUUCUUGCCAAGAAAAUUUAUGGCAAAUUAAAGAACUCCAUGAAAUUGAGAUAUCGGAGAAACGUAACGUAAUUUGUCUAGUUACAAGUAAGGACGUUAAUGAUGUUUUUGAUAGGUUUUCAUCUAUUUGUAAACUAAAUCGAGUUUUUGCUUAUGCGUUAAGAUUUUACUAUAAUUUGAAAAAUAAAAAGGGACGUACUGGAUUACUUGCGGUACAAGAAGUUAAUGAUGCUCAUUUAAAAAUUUUACAAUUGGUACAGGAGCAAGCAUUUGCUAUAGAUAUGAAUAAUUUAAGAAAUGGUAGAGCUCUGAAUAGAAAUAGCAAAGUAUUGAACUUAAAUCCUUUCAUUGACGAUUCUGGGAGUUUACGG